ACAGCGCUUGCUGAUAACGCACAAAUCUCAUCUCAUUGAGGAUCAAAUUCAGCAGAAACUUGACCAUUUUAACGGAAGAAACACGGAAACCCUCCCUCAGGUCCAAAAAUACAUUAUUUAAUAGGAAAUAUGACUAGAUGAUCAAACAUUCAUAAUCAAGGAUGUAAAAAAAAAAAUGUUAAGACUCUUAUUACAUGCUCUUUUCUUUAUGGCACAGAAAUUCAUUGUGAAUGAAGCUUACUGGAAAAAGCCUGAUGGUCCUGUGUUUCUCUACAUUAGUGGUGAAGGCCCUCUGACAAAAUUCAGCGUGUUGGCUGGUCACCAUGUGGCCAUGGCAGAGAAGAAUGGAGCAUUGCUGGUGGCACUCGAACACCGUUUCUACGGUUCGAGCAUCAAUCCAGGCGGCCUGGAGCUUUUGAAUCUGCAGCACCUUUCCAGUCAGCAGGCCCUUGCAGAUCUGGCUGCUUUCCACAGCUUUAUCAGUCAGAAAUAUGGCCUUACUGACAAGAACAUCUGGAUCAGUUUCGGGGGCUCAUAUGCUGGCGCUCUCUCCGCCUGGUUCAGGGGCAAGUUUCCUCACCUCGUCUAUGCGGCUGUGGCAUCCUCGGCCCCUGUUCAGGCCAAACUGGAUUUUUCUGCUUAUAACAAGGUGGUGGGACAUAGUCUUACAGAGGAGAGUGUAGGCGGCUCUUAUAAGUGUUUAAAUAGUGUUCGGAAGGCCUUUGCGGCCCUGGAAGCAGCUCUGCUUGGGGGGAAAGAGAUGAAGGUGGUGAAGGAUUUUGGGUGCUGUGAUGUGCCUAAGAGCCCAGAGGACCGCGCUGAGCUCGUGCAGAGCGUGGCUGACAUCUUCAUGGGAAGUGUGCAGUACAAUGAGGAAGGAGUGAUGCUGACCAUCGCUCAAAUCUGUGACAUCAUGACCAAUCAGAGCCAAGAAGAGGCCUAUGACAGGCUGGUCGAACUCGCAGCGAUGUAUCGUGCUACAGCAAAGGAGCCAUGUCUGGAUAUCUCUCACCAACACACCAUCCUGAACCUGAACAAAAGCACCAAUGGUAGCUUCGGGUACAGACAGUGGUACUACCAGACCUGCACUGAGUUCGGCUUCUAUCAGAGCUGUGACGAUGCUAGCUGCCCAUUCGUGCGCACGCUGACUCUGCAGGACCAAAUUCAGCUCUGCUCCCAGCUGUUUGAGAUUCCUCAACACACACUCCCCAUGAACAUCGCCUUCACCAACCAGUACUACGGAGGAGAUCAGGCCCAAACCCAGCGUGUGCUCUAUAUCAAUGGUGACAUUGACCCUUGGAUGGAGUUAAGUAUUGUGCAUAAUGGGACUGGAGUGGAUAAGGACAGAGCCAUCGUGAUUCACGGCACUGCUCACUGCGCGGAUAUGAACCCUACACGCUCCAGGGACAAGCCCUCACUGCGCCAGGCCAGGAAGGUGAGAGAGAGAGAGAAUGAUGGAAGCACAAAAACUGAAAUAGAUUCUGUGGGGAAACAGUAG